CACAGUUUAACCGUCAAGCCACCAUCACGAAAGCUGUUUUUGGCCCUAAAGCGCUUCUUGCUGUACAAAUGAGUGGUUUUCUGCUGAGCAUGUUCUCUGCUCACUGACUCUGGUUGGACAACACACCCUUAUAUUAUCUCUACUACUUCUUUUUAUCCCUCAAUCUUCUCUGCAAUCAUUGAAACCCAGAAGCUUGUCCAGCUGUCUGGCCGCGCCGCUUCUCCCCGCGAAAAGCGCUGCAACUAUUCCCUCCCCCACAUUCUCACCUCCCCGCAGUCGCCGGCUGUCGUUCUUCUCCCAAUUGCCAGAUCUCGCAUAACGUAAGAAUCCGCACCGGCAGAAUCUUUUUACUGAAAGUCAGCAAUCUCAUUACUGCAUCAUGACUGUCAUUGUGGCUUCACUCACCCUUCCUUAUACCAUACACUUUGAUAUUCCAGUCCCGUCUCGCAGGCCAAGUCCGCCGCGACGGCAGAAUACCAACCUUCGACAAGAUCAAAACAAUCAUGAACCGCCUAGUUUACUCCGUAACCAAUCCAGUCAAGGUCCGACACCGCCGGCCACUCCAGGCAUUGAUGGCGAUCACCAGGAAUUCUUCUCAAAGCCACCUGCCCUCCCGCCGGCGAUCAAAAAGGAACUCCGUAGCGGCUCUAUCGCAACAAGUGAAUCCCAUUCUCCUCGCUGGAACGUGACGCAGUUCAACCAGCCUCGCUCGAGAGCCAGUUCACCACCACCCGCUUCGAUUCUGAAGCACGCGAAGAUUGUGGAAAAGGCUAGAACGGAUGCUCUGAGAAGGAGGAGAUCUGUUGCUCGUGCUUCGGUUUCCAGUCACGACCAGCUCAUCCAAACCGCUGAUUGGACAGUGGUGCCAGCCGAAGGGGGCAACGGCGGUCUCAAAAAUGCCAUUCGUGCGGCCUCCAAGGCCGGAAAACUCGAUGACAAAACCUGGGUGGGUACUCUGGGGAUGCCGACAGACGCAUUAGAAGAUUCUCAAAAGACUGAGAUCGAGGACAAACUCAUCAACGAAAAUGAUUGCAUUCCGGUUUUUGUGACUGAUAGCGAUUUCGAUGGUCACUAUUCCCACUAUUGCAAGACAAUUCUUUGGCCUGUCUUUCAUUAUCAGAUUCCCGAUAAUCCAAAAAGCAAGGCUUACGAAGACCAUUCUUGGGUCUACUAUGUCAAAAUUAACCAAGCAUUUGCCGAUCGCAUUGUCAAACACUACAAGCGCGGUGAUGUCAUUUGGGUCCAUGAUUAUCACCUUCUUCUUGUGCCUGCUAUGGUCCGGAAACAGCUCCCUGAUGCGCAGAUUGGCUUCUUUUUGCAUGUGGCUUUCCCAUCAUCUGAAGUUUUCCGUUGCCUUGCGGUACGGAAAGAACUUCUAGAAGGUCUCCUGGGCGCCAAUCUUAUUGGCUUUCAGACGGAAGAGUACUGUUAUCAUUUCUUGCAGACUUGCAGUCGGUUGCUCUGUGUUGAGGCUACCAGUGAUGGCGUGCAGUUGGAAGACCGCUUUGUCAAUAUUAUCAAUCUGCCAAUUGGCAUUGAUCCCGUUGCUUUGGAUGAAAGACGUGCAACAACGACAGUUGCGGCGUGGCUGCAAGUCAUUCAGGAACGUUAUCGCGGAAAGUUUCUCAUUGUCGCUCGGGACAAGCUGGAUCACGUCCGAGGAGUCAGACAGAAGCUACUAGCUUAUGAGUUGUUCCUUAACAAAUAUCCGGAAUAUCGUGGCAAGGUCGUUCUUCUUCAAGUUGCAACGUCCACGACUGAGCAAGCCGAACUAGAUGCUACAGUCUCUGAUAUUAUUACCCGAGUCAACUCGUCCUUCGCGACCCUCGCACAUCAGCCACUUGUCUUCCUAAAACAGGACAUUGGGUUUCCACAGUACUUGGCUUUGUGCACAGUUGCAAAUGCUCUUAUGAUUACAAGCCUUCGUGAGGGAAUGAAUCUCACCAGCCACGAGUUUCUAUGCUGCCAAGAUGGAAGGUAUACGGAGAAUAAGCAUGGGUCUUUGAUUCUUAGCGAGUUUACUGGAAGUGCGAACGUAUUCGGCGGCGCAGAGCUUUCGGUAAAUCCAUGGGAUUAUCGAAAGUGCGCUGAAGCCAUCAAGACUGCGAUCGAGAUGUCUCCAGAGGAGAAGGAUGAACGAUGGAAUGCUCUCCAUAAGAUUGUGAUGCAUCACACCGCCGCCCACUGGUGCACGAGCUUUAUCGAGCAGCUGUCAAGCGUUUGGAAAGAGCAGGCCGCCCGAGAAACCAUUUCGAUUCCCCGGCUCUCUGUCGGUGCACUUGGCGAGAAAUAUCGAAAGGCCGAGAGGCGGUUGUUCAUUCUUGAUUACGAGGGAACUCUUGCUCCUUACGGCUCUCCGGCUAGUAUGGUCCUCACAAGCUCGCAACGCACGCUAGAUGUACUCAACGAUCUUCUCCUUGACGAUAAGAACAUUGUCUAUGUUAUGUCUGGUCGUCAACCUGAGGACCUCCAUAGCAUGUUCCGUCGUGUGCCCGAUUUGGGUCUCAUCGCUGAGCGGGGAUGCUUCGUCCGCGAAUUUGGCAAGGAAGAGUUUCAUGAGAUGGGGAACCUCAAAGAGAUGUCUGCUUGGAAGGAAGACGUUCGCGGCAUCUUGGAUUACUAUCGGGAGCGGACCGAGGGAAGCUGGGUCGAAGAGCGACAUUGUUCGUUGACCUUUCACUAUAGCAGCGCUGACGACCCUCAAGCGGCCGCUCGACAGGCCGGGGAUUGCGUCAACCACAUCAACGAUGCUUGCGAGAGCCAACGGGUUCACGCCAUUCCCGUGGACAAGUCGGUGCUUGUCGAACCCAUGGACUGGAGUAAGGGCACGGCUGCGCUGCAUGUGUUUGACCUUCUCAAACAAGCAUGUGCUGCCGACGGGUCGAAGAUGCCCGACUUUUUGAUGGUCGUCGGCGAUGAUCGUGAGGACGAGCCGAUAUUCAGAUGGGCAAAUAGGCUUGCGCAGACUGGGAUUGUGCGCGAUGUCAGUACCGUCAGUGUUGGAUCACGGAAUACGGAAGCAAUGUCUACAUUGACACAGGGAGUGACUGGUGUUCUUACUGUGCUUGGCAAACUGGCAUCUUUUUCUGACGUGCAGUAAUUGUUUUCACAUUUUCAAGGAGUUGGCUGGCUAGCGGGCUGAGAAUCAUGGACAAUACGCCAUCUGUUCUGAUUCCCCCAAUGCUCUCAUGUCGCUGCAAUGCAGACACGACAGUCACGAGCAGAUGGAUUAACGAGUUUGAGCAUAUGAAGCGUCCU